AUGGCGUUCUCUACCUGGACGUUGACCUCCGGCAGCUGCACGGCGGCCCUCCGUGCGCUCCUGGGAAGCACCGCGCUGCACCGGCGCGUCUACGUCUGCAUGGUGGAGAUCCACGCGUCCUACCCGAGUUGCUGGCACGUGGUCGAGUACAUGAAUUAUCCCACCGACCUGAGCCACCGAGCUCAGCUCGGACACCGCAACAGCGAGGAGUUCCAGCGUCGACUGCAGAGCCUCACCGGGGAGUCGGCCCCCGGAGAUGGCGAGCCCGUGGACAAGAUGGACAUCACCUUCGAGAACGUCCGCUUCUGCUACGUCGACGACAAGGCGAUCAUCAGGAGCAUGUCCAUGACGAUCAGCCAGGGCCAGCUGGUCGCCAUCACUGGGCCACCUGGGAUCGGCUGCAGGACCGUGACGAGGCUCUUGGCUGGCGAGCUGUUGCCGCACAGUGGCACCCUCUUCGUGCCCCCUCACCUACGCGUCCUGCGCGUCGAGAUACAGCCCAACCUCUGGGAUGGGCCCCUGGCGUUGACCGUGUUCUUCGGGCUCCUGGCGACUAACCAGCGCACGCGCAUGGAGGACUACAGGAACCUCCAGGGCGCAGAGAUCGAGCGCGGGCUCCGGAUCUGCAGGCGGCUGAACAUACCAGAGGAUUUGGUGAGGAUGAUCCGAGAUGAUGCCAGCGGGUCAGACGCGGGCAUGGUUUCUGUCGGCCUCAGGUCCUGCGAGUCGGACGAGUCGUUCCACAAGGAUGUUCGAGCGGAAGAGCUGAACAACCACAAGAUCGUGUCGAGCGUCCCGGCCAGCGUGCGCACCAAAAUCCAGAUCGCCUGCGCCCUGAUCUGUGACCCUCCGGUGCUUGUCCUCGACAAGCCCCUUCAGUUCCUUGCCAUCGAUGACGCGACCAGGGUGAUGGAGUGUCUGCGAGAGUACGUAGACAAUAGCGGACUGGAAAGGAGUGAGGAUCACAGACACGGGCGCCGACCCCGUACGUGCAUUUUCACAAGCAGUUCUGCGAUGUUUCUGGCGGCGGCAGACGCGGUCCUCACCAUCGGCGAGGACGGUGCCGUCAAGCCGACGCUUGAGACGGAGAAGCUGGUGGGGGAGACGGAGAAGCUAAUCCACGACAAGGAAGAGGGCAUUUUGAGAGCCAAGCAGCAGCACAUCAGCGGGUGGUUCGAAAGCCCGCUUUCGGGAAGACGAACGAUAUCAAUGAGGCUGCCGAGAAGCCCCCAAACGCCGAAUGACAGAUCGUUGCCAGAAGAGUGCCAGAGCAUUUGA